GAAGAAUUUCAUCGAUUGUUUUUGCUUUAUUUGUAAACAAGAAGCGUGAUGGACGGGAAGAAAAUCUCCUUUGGAUUCAGUAAAAUUGUGAAAAAACCACAACUCAACAGUGUUCCGAAGAAGGAAGAAGAAAAAAUAGAACUUAUUGAGUGUCUGGAGGGACAGGAAAUUAAAGUAUCAGGCAAAACUAGCCCCACAGUAAGUGCCCCUUUGGUCAUUCCGCUGAAGAAUGGUACAUCUCCUCUGGAGAGGCUCAUUGAGAAGAAGAAACCACAGGAGAAAGAGGAGGGAUCUACAGAAGUUUCCAGUGAGAUAAAUAAAGAGGAGACCUUGGACCAGAGGGCUGCACGUGAGAUCAUUGAGAGCCUCCGGAAGGCGGAAGAGGCUUCGGAAGAGAAAGUUUUUGCAGUACCUCUGAAAGCUGAUGACCUACCGCUCGAUGGGGCUUCCGAGUCCACAUUGGAUGACUAUGACAGUGUCCCUAUUCAGCAGUUUGGUUUAGCGAUGCUUCGUGGUAUGGGCUGGAAAGAGGAGGAGCACAAGAAGAAGGAAAACAUCGACGAGACAAUUGUUUGCCGACCGAAGGGAUUGGGAUUGGGAGCUGACAAAGUGGUGAAAUCCACGAAGCCCCAAAACUCUUCUUCAGUGAGCAAGGAAGAGCUGAAGAUCAAGAAAGAUGCACAUGUAAAGAUCCUUGGCGGGAAGUUUGCAGAAAUGUACGGCCAAGUUGAAGGGAUGGAUGAGGAAACUGGGAGGAUAAAUGUUAAAUUGGCUCUCGGUGGGAGGGAAUCUAUCAGCGAAUACCUCAUUGAGCCAGUGACUGAGAAGGAGUUCUUGCAAAAUCGGAAAGUUAUCAAUGUGGCAAAGUAUGAAGAGUACAAAAAGAGACAGGAUAAUCCAGAAAAGAGCAGAUCAUCUCAUCAGAAUUCUUCGAGGAAGGAAAGGGAAUCUCACAGGAGAAGAAGUAGCAGCGAAGAAGAUCGUCGGAGGUCGUCAAAGUCCAAGAGUAGGAGACAUCGAAGAGAUUCUUCGGGGUCAGAGUCAGAUGGCAGAAUUCACAGGCAUUCUAGUAGCCGUCGGGAUCGAGAUUACCGUGAUAGCAGGAAAUCUUCUCAUUCAAAGAGCCGGCAUCGCGAUAGACAUUGAUUGGGGAGCGGGAGGAAUAAAGAGAAGACUGAAGAGAAGGUAAA